AUGGAGGUACGUGGUCCUCGGAGGAAUCCCAGCUACCUCUCUGAUCUCUAUCAGAACAUGUUACGGGCUGAAGAAGCACCAGGACAAGGGCAGCAGCAGCCCCCAGCAGUCCAUACGAGUAGCAGCCUGACUCUUCGGAGCAGUACCCCAGCCAAGGGGGGCCCUCAGCCAAAUAAGCUUCAGAGCAGCACUUCCUCCAGCUGUGAUCCAGCAUUACGGCCUAUCAUACGCCGCCGAGCAAGAUCUUUGCCUGCAUCGACCGAAAGAAGGAAGCUUACAGCAGUGCAGCGUCAAGUUCCUGGAUGCCAGAGUCGUAUGAACAGGGUGAGAUUUGCUGAUGCUUUGGGCUUGGAGCUCACUGAAGUGAAAGUCUUCCAGACUGGGGAGGAUCCAUCGAUCCCCUUGCAUGUCCUUUCCAGGCUCUCCAUAAACUCAGACCUGUGGUACAGCAGCUCAGACUUGGAGUUUACUAUGCAGUGCUUGGUCCCUGACUUCCAGCAGCCUGCAGACUGUAUGGAUUUCUCGUCCCGACUUCAGGAGCAGCAGGUGUGUCUUGAACGAGUGACCAGCUCAGAUUUGGGGCUCAGUGGCACCAUCCAGGUUCGCAAUGUUGCUUUUGAGAAGCGCGUAUCUGUGCGAUAUACCUUCAACCAGUGGAAAAGCCUGCACGAAGUGUGUGCUCAUUGGCACAGUAGCAUCCCUGAGAAAAACGGGCAGGAUCAGGUCGAUGUUUUCACUUUCUUUCUCCCUGUGCCUCCUUUCCUCCUUCAGCUGUCCUCUGUAGUCCAGUUUGCAGCAAGGUACCAAGUCAAUGGCCAGGAGUACUGGGAUAACAACAGAGGCAAAAACUACAGUCUCACCUGCCGGUCUCACCCCCUUAAGAUGCCUAGAGAAUGUGAGGAGAGCUGGAUCCACUUCAUCUGAAAAAAGGAAGUGGAUGCAGAGCAGCUUGUCAGUAGUCUCGGUGGCACUCUUCUCUUUGGCCCGGCUCUCUGCUCCUAUGGCAACAGACUCCUUUUUGAAACCUGCCAAAUCUGGCAAAGUGCUCCAGGGCAGGGAAGUAGCCAAUGACCCGUACAAACUGUUCUACACCUCUCAGAAAGUAAAAAGGGCCAAAAUGUGUAUUGAGUUACAUCCGUUGAAAGCCUGUGUGAUCAUUUCUUGUAGCGUAUGAGUCAUUGCAGAAUGGUUCCAGGGGAUGCUGUCAGACUACCAGCAAGCAAAACAAGGCACUUCACAUUGCUAGUAAUAUUCUAGGUUACAUAGAAUAGUUCUAACUGAUCCAUUUUACCAUUUUAUACUGUUUGUUUUCUAAAUGGACAGUGUGGCUUUACUGGUUUUGUUGUUAAUUUUGUUUAUAUUAUCUCACCAAGUCUGGGCACUAUUCCGUUUAUGCAUAAUUUGGAUGGCAGACACUGUAGGGAGUACUUAUAUAUAUAUUAUUAAGACUGAAACCAUGUUAAAUAUUUCCAUUAAUAUUUGGGCUGGAAAUUAAAUGUCAUUAUGAGCAGAACAUACGUGAAAAUGUGCCAUCAGCCCCUCUGUUUCCCUUAAGAAAAGGCACCUUUUUUUUUUUUUUUUUUAAUCUCCAGUGUUUGCAGUAAGCAGCAGGAAUGAUUGUUACCAAAGUGUGUGUAAGGCAGAUCUUCAUGGAGAAGUUCUCAUCUUUUUCAGGUGAGGCACAAGGUUUUUUCUUUAGGUAGUGGUGCAGGAAUUGUCCUUUCCUUGUGCAUCUGUUUUUACUAAGGGAAACUAGAGCAAUUUUGCACUUGUGUUGCAAUUGCAGUUGAAGAUCUCAAAGCACUGUAUGAAUGCUAAUGAUCUUACCACUAUUACUGGUAAAUUUAUAAAUCAAGAAACAGAUAUAAGAUAUAUAAAAAAGGAAUAAAAUAUAGACAAUACAUGGAGCUGGUUACAGAGCCUUAGAAUAGCAUGCCAGAACCCAGAAUCCUGGCUCUCUGUUCCCCAGUGUCCCAGUACUACUGCAGUAGUAUUUUUGAAUUCUUUAAUCAACUACUUCUCAUUAGAAACCAGUUGAACUCCAAGGCUGCAUCCUUUGCAACACAAAGCGGGAACUUCAAAGCGAAAUGUUCAUUUUACUCGUAAACUGAUACUUGCAUAGACCCAUAAACAGAAUCCCUUCUGCAGCAGGGAGAGCACAGUAACACUGUUAAGAUGCGGUCUUCCCAUGUUUCUUGCUCUACUUACUUUCAUUCUGUGGUUUUAGCGUGAUUUAAGAUUGGCAACAGGCUGAAAUCUAGUAAGUAAAAGAUUGUCCAUGAUUUUUUUCAUACAUAUUCAUAACUGCAUGGAAAGUUUAGCUUUAUAUGUGUAGCAUGAAUUUUCAGAACUGACUGGAUGGAUGGAGGUAUUAGAAGAGCUGCUUUUUUAGGACUGUAGUAUGAAAAUCAGGCCACUUAUUCGGGCAUCUUAUUUUGGAUUGCUGCUUAUUCAUGAAAAUCACAAGUUUUUAAAAUCACUGUUGUAAGCAACCCACAGCCAAGUAUAUAUUAGUCCAAAAAGUCUACUGAGUAAUUCUGGAAGUGCAGAAACCCCAAGAAAAUUCAUGUGUUUGGAAACUUAAUGUUACUACUUAGUUGUGAUUAGCAAAGCUAGGAUUUCAAGUGAAGAAGCUGCCUGGUUCCAUUAGUCUUUGGCUUUCAAAGGGACUGAAGUCAUGAAUGAGGAUUCUACGAGCUGCUGAGCAACUCCUGCAGAGUACUGAGAAAACUCAAUCCUAUUAGAAACCAUUGAGAAUUGACUGUGUUGUCUGCUUUAACUUUGUACUGGAGCACUGUGAAGUUGAACGUUUAAGUUGAAAUUGUUUUGAAGGAGUAGGUGAGGCUGAGGUGCGAUUGCCAGCUACGGAGAGGAAAGAGUGCUGCCUGCUUUCAAUCCAUCUGCGUUAUUGUCUGUAUCUGGGUUAGAGGAGUGACCAUGACCAAUCCAGCAGCAGCUCUUGUCUCGUAGAAAAAUUAGUGCAGGGAACUGGAAGUCUAGUUGUCCUCAGGUGGCACAGAAAAUGAGCUCUGUGAGAAGGGGUGCUACCUAACUGCAAGGUUUUUUGCCUCCUAUGGUGGGCUUCAUAUGACUAAAUGACAUUAUGACAAUAUAGGACAUAAUACAUCUGAACUAGUCAACCUAUACUCUUCAUAGUCAAUGGAGAUGUUUUCGCUAUCGUUAGCAGACUACCUGUGGUGUGACAAACUGUAUCAUCUCUGCUGAGUGCAGAGAGAACGCUGCGGGACUAGUUCUGCCAUACUGAAAUUCUCAGCAUUAGUGCAGAUUGUGCCAAAUUCUGCCAGAGUCUGUAGAUGUCAAGUUAGAUGAGCUGAAACACACCUUCAGUGACUGCAGAAGAAUCUUUCUUGGCAUGAAUUGAAAUUGCAUACCCUUACUUUGGUGAAACUUGCUCACUUAAGGAAUUCCAUUAAAGUUUAUCCAGUAAAGUCCAUAGAAGCAAAGUUUUAUGUACUUGUCAGCAAAGUAAGAAGAAAACGAACACACACACACAGAAGCACUGUGCUGAAUAAAGGCACUAUUUUAAAGUAUUGUUCCCCCUCACUCUUUCCCCCUCCCAAAUUACUGUAUUUCUUCCAUCAGCAAAACCACUGAAUUGCCUUUCAGCACACCAUAAAAAUUCCAUCUCUUGUGAGACUGGUAUUUGACACCAGUUUACAAUGGAUGUUGCUGGAGCCCAGUGCAAUACUUGGCUUACUGGCAGAAAGAUGCUGUUGCCAUCUCCUGGGAGAGACUCUUUCAUGUUCUAGCAAAUGUCAAAUAUGAGUGUUAUUGCAGGCAGGGACAGAUUAUGCAAAGCUGAGGCUGUCAGUUUAAAGGUUAAUGUCAUGUAUACCACAGUGUUGGAGACAGGUGAGAAAUUAAUGUCUCGGCAAUAUGAGUUUGCCUUGUAUUGUCUUCCUUCUGCAACGUCUCAGGGUAUUUACCUGUGCAAAAUCUUGAAUACUAAAGUAUUAUUCCAAGUUUGCCUUUUCUCUCUGCUUGUCUUGCACUGCUGGAGGAGAAUUAACAGUAGCUGUUACUAAACCAGUUAGCUGUCUGUGCUGACGGAGAGUUGAGCAGGCCGACCUUAUAAUGGAACUGAGAGUGAUCUCUGGGUUAAGCUGUUAAACAUUCACACGAGUACUGGCACCUGUCACAUGAAAGAUGAAAUUUGCACUUAUGUUUUCCUGUCACAUUCAGUACUGAACAUCAAAAGGAUUCUAGUUGACAAAAAAGGGAUUAAGCCAUUAAGUAGUGGUAAUACGCACCUGUUGUGAAGGUAAACUUAUGACCACCUUUAUAAAUUCUCAGGAAAACUUGACUGCUUUGCACUGUGUUCAAACUGAGCACUUCCCUUAUAAUGAGGAUUUUGUAAAAGUGAAUUCUUCACAAGGGUUUUUGCCAUAUCAUGCACUUUUAAAAACCUGUAUUUAUUAUAGUCAUACAAUAACUUAAUAUCUAGUAGUCCACAGUUUCAAGGUUCUUUCAGGUGUGUUUUUUAAAGAAACAUGGAAUCCGUGUAAAUGAAAAGGGGUUGUCUUUCCUGAUUAAACAUCUUGUCCAGAAUAAAGUACAUUACACAGUAUAUCAAUAAAGCACAUGUGCUAGACAAAAGGUCAUUUUGUUUUAGUGGAGAGUUGUACAAUUGCAAAGUGCUUAAUUAAUUUUAAAAACAAUAAUAAAACUAUGGCUAUUGUAAUACAAAAGAUUGUAAUAAAAGCUUUUCACAUUUUUA